GAUUUUUUUUCACACACUCACACAGAAGCCUGCUUGUGGCGUCCCUCCUCCUCCUCCUCCUCCUCCUCCUUCUUCUCCUCCUCCUGCUCCUGUGGGGAGUAAAAAAGAGAAGACUUCUAUCUCCUCCGAUCGUGGAUUCUCCGCUGGCGCCGCCACGCCACGAAAGGAAUUAGGAUUUUUUGGGGGGGUUUUUGUUGUUGUUGUUUUGUCGGUUGGGGGGGGGGAGGCGUGGAAAAAAAAAAGAAUCCUGAAAGAGAGAUUUAAAAAAAAAAAAAGCAAGAUACAUUCCUGGCUGGGUUACAUUGUGCGGCUGUGCUAAGAAAGGCGGCUAUUAAUAGCUCCGUGCAAUUUCUCGUAAACUAUAGCAAGUACUGCAUGGGAUUGUGAGGGACAAUCGCACGCGUGGAAUACCCCACUUUUUUUCCCCGAGCGUGGAAGAAGUUUGGAGUUUUUUUUUUUUUUUUUAAAUCGCAGCCAUGGAUUAUUAUUAUGAUUAUCAUUACGAUCUUCAUCUCAGGCUGAUCUUCUCUAAAUGGCGUGGAUGUGUCCGCCUGACCUGGAUUGGGAUCGUGUUUUGAUCCCCGCGUGGAUUUAUUCUCACAUUGCAUUCGAUCAUGGGCUCAUUCUUCACCCUGAAUACGCCCAUUUGCUACUAAAAGGCAGCCUUUCUCCGAUUUAUCUGGACUACCUUUUGUGUGUAUUCUGUGUGCGUGUGUGUGUGGAGUGGACCCACUCCGGACGGACGGGACCCCCUUUAUUUGGCGUGGGGUGUUGAUGUAGGAUUUGGACAUGCCUAACGCUGAGGAGCCAAAACUGGGACCAUUAUGACGACAACGACGAACUGGGUGGCUAACGGGGCAAGCCUUGAGGACUGCCACUCCAACAUCUUCUCUCUGGCGGAUUUGACCGGCAUCAAAUGGCGUUGCUACAGUUUCCGCGGCGGCGGCGAGUACGGGCCAGUGAUCUCGGCGCCCGCCCAGGACGACCCGGUCCUGCGCAGCUUCAUGCGCUGCGUGCAGGCCAACCUGCUGUGCGUGUGGCGCCGCAAGAUCAAGCCCGACGCCAAGGAGCUGUGGAUCUUCUGGUGGGGGGACGAGCCCAACCUGUCGGAUGUCAUCCAUCACGAGCUGGAAGUUGCCGAGGAGGGGCUCUGGGAGUGCGGGCUGUCGUACGAGUGCAGGACCUUGCUGUUUAAAGCCGUUCACAACUUGCUGGAAAGGUGUCUGAUGGACAAAGGCUUCAUGCGUGUCGGGAAAUGGUUCUUUAAGCCGCACGAGCUGCAGGGAAAGUCUCUGGGCAGCAGCGAGCACCUAUCAUGUUCCUUCUCGUUCUUCCUCCACGGGGAGAGCAACGUGUGCACCAGCGUGGAGAUCGCCCAGCACCAGCCUGCGUACCACGUCACGGAGCAGCACGUCCGCCUCGCGCAGACCUCCGCCCCGCCGAUACAAGUGAUCCUGAGCCCGUACGGUCUGAGCGGCACUCUGACGGGCCAGGCCUACAAGAUGAGCGACCCGGCGGCACGCAAGCUGAUGGAGGAGUGGAGCUACUUCUACCCCAUGGUCCUGCGCAGAAAAGAAGGGGGCGCGGAGAGGGAAAAGGAAGACCCGGCCUACGAUCGCAACUGUCACGCGGCAGUAGAGGUGGUUGUAGGUGGAGUAAGGAUGACCUACCCAGCUGCUUUGGUGUUGAUCGCCCAGAGCCAGCUGCCGGUGGAGCCGCCUCCACCUGCUCCUGCGGCUCAGGGCCUCGCCAGAGAAAACCAGAACCACUGCAGCGUGCCGCUCACGCCGCCAACAUCGCCGGAGCAGCCCUGUUCGGCGGACAGCGGGUUCUUAACGUCCGCCUCCAGCGUCCCGACGCCGGACAGCAACAUAGGCGUCGCCAGCCUCAGCCCAAAGCAUUCUGGGAAGAAGCUCACCUGUCAGGUGGUGCACCAGGCCUGGAGGGAGUGUUACCUCAGCCAGCCUCAUUGCGUACGAAAACAGCCGGCUGACGCCACGCCGAGCAAGGAAGUGGCGAACGGGGUAACGACGUGGGACUUCAAUGACGCGGGCGCCAGAGCGCCGUGCAGCUGCUCCAGGUUGAAGCAACAGAAGGUGACCACCAACACCUCCAACCCUCAAACGAGUGCCAAUCCAUCCUCCGGAUCCUCACUAUACCCUCCCUCUUUACCCAAACACAAGAGCAGUGACAAGGCAGACAAGGCUGACAAACAGUCCAAAAGACCAUCCACGAUCCCCUUCCACCAUCGUGUAUCUGUCACCCAGGAGACCCCCCUGGAACAGGACUCGCCCGGGGGUCACCAGCUCAGUAGUUUGGUGGCACUGGAGCCUCCCUUCGAGCCUCUCGGCACCAUGGCGAGCUGCAAGUAUCCCAAACCGCUCUCCAACGACAGGAAAGCUCCGGAGUCCCUUCUCCUGUCGCCGAUGUCCCCGCUUCCUCCCACGCUCAGCCCGCAUCCCAGGGCGCAGGACCCGGACAUGCACAUGUGUCCGGAGGCGGCCUCGGGCAUGGGGUUCAUGACCAGCGAGACGGUGGCGUACACGGCCUUGUUGAAACAGAGGGAGAACGAGGUGGGCUGGUGGAGAGGCUUUAGGACUCCCAGCAGUGAUAAGGUGGACUUCAGACCCCCAGAAGUCCUGGCUGAUAAACUAGACGAGGGGAAGACGGACACGGUCCCGGACGGAGCGUCGUUAAAGAGACUUUACACGCAGACGCACAAGAGAUUUAAGAUCUCAGACGAGAGGGUGCGGGACCAUGUCCAAACCCUGGGCCUGCUCCAGCAGCCGGGUGCGGAGGCACUGCGCGAGCCAGGAGAUGAUCCUUACGACUUUAAGGAAGGCGACAUCGAGUACACUUUCUCCUCCUCCAAGAGAUUAAAGAGUCAAGGGCGGGAAUCCAGCAAGCGAGCCAAGGGUGACGAGAUCAACAGCAACGGGACGCUGCCGGAUGGAAAAGACGCCAUGUCCAUUUUUAACUCCGCCCCCAAAUCAGACGAGUCCAGUCAGGACGACAGCGCCGCCAAAGCCAAUCCUUCGCUGACCAGAGAAAAAGAUCUGGUGGUCAACAUUUCCGACCUGGACAACAUAUUUGAUGAAGAUGAGGAAGAGCUCGGGACGGUGUACCCCAACCAGCACUCAACCAAACCAGCAGUAUCUACAGAAGAUCGUCCUUUGGGGAAAGAAGGCCGAGCGGCAGUACCGUAUCCAUCGACAGUAGCAGACCUCCAGCGUAUGUUCCCCACCCCGCCCUCGCUGGAGCAGCAUCCGGCCUUCUCUCCCAUCAUGACGUACCGCGACACCCCCAGCCAGGAGCCCCCGCCGCCCAGCGGCGCGGCCGACCACCUUCUGCCGGCAGCCAACAGCCAGCUACCGGAAUUUCGGACGGAGACGGAGGAGGGCAUGGCUAGUCCCCGACAAGACGACUACAAGACGCAGGUGGUCUCCUCCAUGUUCGCCCCACUCUCCUGUCUACCCAGUCAGACCUUAGCGCCGCUCAAGAUACCCGAGCAGUGCUACUACCGCCCGUCCUGGGUCGUCCUACCCAAAAUGGAGCACAUCCCAGCUCACGUCUUACACGCGCAGAGCAACGCAUUCAUCAGGGAUGGAUACAUAAACAUCCCAAGCGUGGGCGCCCUCACCGACCAGGACUACAACCAGAUGAGCGGCACCACGGCCUCAGUGAGCACCACCAUGGGGAUCCUCCCCUCCCCGGCCACCCCUCGUUUCUCCGUGCCCACGCCGCGGACCCCUCGCACGCCGCGGGGCAUGAACCCCGCCAGCUCGGGCCAAAGCUCGGUGAAGCAGGACGGCACGGAGCUGAGCUCCCCAGUCUCCACCCCGUCCACCAGCCUGCCCCUGAGCUCGGUGGAGCACCUGGCCCGGCCCGGUGCCUGCCUCCCCGAGACCCACAGCCUCUACGCCGUACUCCUCCUCUCCGACUCCGUCCUCAACGUCUUCAAGGACCGCAACUUUGACAGCUGCUGCAUCUGCGCGUGCAACAUGAACGUGAAGGGGGCGGACGUCGGGGUGUACAUCCCCGACUCCACCUGUGAGGACCAGUACCGCUGCAUGUGCGGCUUCAGCGCCAUUGUGAACAGGCAGCUGGCGCACGGGACGGGCCUCUUCCUGGAAGACGAGCUGGAUAUUUACGGCCGCUCCUCCGAGGUGGGCCGGGCGGCUGAGAGGAGACUCGCGCUUUGUCGCCGGGACCCCACUUUGGGCGACCCCAAAGCAAAGAGAGCGCAGGAUGCGGCGCCCGCCUCGUCGUCGGUCAUGAUCCUCCUCCAGGAGCAGUCCUCGCAGCCUAUAUCGUCCCUGGCGUCCCUGCACCUCCCUCACGGCUACUCCGGCUAUUCCCGUAAAGGGGCGCUGCUCCAGAGCUGGUCGUCGGAGAAGCAGUGGGCGGACGGGAGCGACACGUGUGUAGAGUGCUACAAUGCUUUGGAACAGGGGCUGCAGUAUGUGGACAAUCCCACUGGAGGGAAAGUGGAUCCUGCUGUAGUCCGGAGUACAGUUCUCCAUCCCUGGCCUCACACGAACGUGGUGGACAUGAGCAUGUUGUCGUCGCAGGACAUGGUGCGCAUGCUGCUGUCCCUGCAGCCCUUCCUGCAGGACGCCAUCCAGAAGAAAAGAACGGGGCGGACUUGGGAUAACAUCCAGCACGUGCAGGGUCCACUCACCUGGCAGCAGUUCCAUAAGAUGGCGGGGAGGGGCUCUUACGGUUCGGAGGAGUCUCCAGAGCCUUUGCCCAUCCCCACGGUGCUGCUCGGCUAUGACCGAGAGCGAGACUUCCUGGCGUUGUCCCCUCUGGCUCUGCCUUUCUGGGAAAAGCUUCUUCUGGAGCCCUAUGGAGGACAACGGGAUGCGGCGUAUGUGGUACUUUGUCCCAACAGCCCCUCUCUGUUGGCUGCAGCCCGAACCUACUUCCAGGAGCUCAGUGCUGUUUAUGAGACGUGUCGUCUCGGGAAGCACCGUCCUUUGGCCAAGGUGUCCCGGGAUGGGAUAAUGCGCGUGGGGGAGGAGGUGGAGUCAGAAAGGCUGGAGGAGCUGGAUGUGGGCCAGUGGUUGACGGGUUCCUGGACAGGGGAGCAGCACACAGACAACCUCAGUAAACUCAAACUGUACGCCUACGCCUGCAAGCAGCAGCUCGGUCCUCAGCUGUCAGUCCUACCCUUGGACGGCUCGCUUCUAAUACCACCAAAAGUUCCACCACCCGCGCCGUCGGCCCAGCCGCCCUCCUCCACGUCCGAUGCCGAACCACCUCCGGGGGCUCUGGGUACAGCAAACACCUCCGUCCCAACCGGCGCACCUUCGGGCCAGACCACAGGGGAGACGAUACAAGGAGGGGGCGGUGACUCUAAGGGACCCUGUGGUGGUCCAACAGGCAACACCCCAGCAGAGAACCCUGAAAUCACCGCCGAGCAGUCCCGGAUCGGCAUCCCGACCAGCGCCGACUCGACGGACAGCCGCACCAACCCACCGGCCGUUGUCGUUUACAUCGUGGACGCUUUCCUCAGCUCCACCGGAGCCAGGAACGAAGGAGGGGAGGAAGAGGAAGGCGACGAAGUAGAAGCAGGGAGUGUCUGGCUGCUCGGGCUUCUUCGCUGCUACACGGAGAUGCUCAACACCUUACCCGACACCAUAAGACCUGCACUGGUUCUACAGGUGGUGCCAUGUCAGUACCUCCUCCAGCCUGCCAGCGGGGAAAGCCGUUUGUACCUUCAGCAGCUGCGCUCCUUGGCCUUCUCCUGCUACUCCCAAUGCAGACGCCUGCUGCCCCGGCACACACACAUCAAGUCCCUGACAGGCUUUGGCCCCGUGUCCACAGUCACGUCUGUCCUUAAGAGUCCUGAUCAUCCCAGCCCGGUGCAUCUCUACUCUCCCCCCUUCAUCCUGGGUCCGACCCGAGCCAAGCAGCCGGAACCUGGAGAGAUAUGGGCGGAGGUUCCUCCCAGAUAUAACGUGCUCUUUGUGGGCUACUGCCUGUCACAUGACCAGCGCUGGAUCCUGGUGUCGUGCACUGACCAGCAAGGAGAACUCCUGGAGACGAGCAUCAUCAACAUCGAUGUCCCCAACAGAUCUCGGCGCCCUAAAGUGUCUGCUCGGAAGAUGGGUCUGCAGAAGUUGUGGGAGUGGUGUAUCGGCAUCAUCCAGAUGACGUCGCUACCGUGGAGGAUUGUGAUUGGUCGAUUAGGCAGACUAGGGCAUGGCGAGCUGAAAGACUGGAGCUCUCUCCUCGGGGAGCACUCGUUACAUUCGAUAGGACGCCAGCUCAGGGAGGCCUGUCGCAUGUGUGGGAUCUCCGCCGCCGACACCCCCUCCAUCCUCAGUGCCUGCCUCGUCGCCAUGGAGCCGCAGGGCUCCCUUGUGGUCAUGCCGGACGCCGUGACGAUGGGCUCGGUGUUUGGCCGCAGCACCGCUCUCAACCUGCAGACCUCGCAGCUCAACACGCCUCAGGACGCCUCGUGCACGCACAUCCUCGUCUUCCCCACGUCCGCCACCACCCAGCUGGCGCCCAGCUCCUACCCUACGGAGGACAAUAAUGAUGACAUGUUCGAUCUGCCCUUCCCUGACGAACUGGAGAACGACAUCGGCCAUGACAUGAUGCUGAUCACAGGGAACCUUCAUCCUUCCCCCAACACCUCCCCUGUGCCGUCGCCAGGCUCGCCGUCCGGAAUGGGAAUGGGGUCACAUUUCCAACACACCAGAAGCCAAGGGGAGCGCUUGCUCUCCAGGGACAAUCCUCCAGAAGAGCUGAAGCAGCAGCCGCUGGCUCUGGGCUACUACGUCUCCACGGCGCAGGCCAACGGACUUCCUCAUUGGUUCUGGGCGUCGUGUCCGCAGGCUGAGAACCAAUGUCCUCUCUUCCUCAAGGCGUCGCUGCACCAUCACAUCUCUAUGGUCCAAUCAGAUGAGCUGGUGGCGGACAAGACCAAGAGGACGCCUCACCUGCUGGACUCGAAAACCACCUCUGAUGUUCUGCGGUUCGUCUUGGAGCAGUACAACGCCCUCUCCUGGCUGACCUGCACACCUUCAACCCAGGACCGCCAGUCUUGUCUGCCCGUCCACUUGGCCGUCUUGGUCCAAAUGUACAACGCCAUCCUCAACAUGCUUUAGCUGUGUGCCUACACCUCCAUCUUCCCCACCUCCUCCUCCUCCUCCUCCGUCUGGUCACUGGGACGCCACGGAGGCCAUUCCUGACAUUGGAGCCUUCUCUCCUGGGCCUGGAAUGUAAAUGAGAGAGACAAGAAGACUGCAGAAGACGUUCCGAUAACGGCAGUCACCGAACCUGCACUUGAUAUCAUUUUUGGAGAAAAAUGUGCAGAAGGCUCUUCAAACUGCAUAUUGUGCAACCAGCAAACCUGCAUGCCAACACAAACACACCACCUUCUUCUGUCAAAGAUGUGUGUUUGUUUUCUUGUUUUUGUUCUUUUUUUUUUUUUUUUACAUUUUUCUACAACGGAGAAGCUUUUGCACUUUUUUCCCCCCCUCCCUCACCUACCAAAAGGUUGUGGACAUAAAUGGCGGUACAAAAACAACAAAACACAAAAAAAAGGCGGCAAGGAGGCGUGUGUUCAUAUCAUUUGCAAAGAAUUCAACCUUAUUUUUUAAUAUUUAAAACGAUAUAAAUUGAAAAAUUACCCCCCCCCCCCCCCCUCCCCAUUCUUAUUCAGUGUUAAUUGUCAUUUAAUGCAAUAUUUAUACAAAUUAUAUCAUGUCAUAGAAUUUGAUAUAUGUAUACUUAUUAAUAAAUAUAUAUUACCUCUUCUUCCAAACAGGCACUUACUUAAUGUUAAGGGCACAAGUGGACGCAGAAUGAUCAAUUUUAUUCCAAUUGAAAUUAGUGUUCUCUUCAUGGUUUUUAAUUUAAGGGAUUUACAUGAAAAGAAAAUGACGGAAGAGAUAUUUAUGAGAAAAAAAGUUUAAAAUGAUGUCAUAUAUUAAAAAAAAAAAAAGAAGAAGAAGGCCCGUCCAUUUCACUCAAUAACAAUCUCAGCAUGUUUUGUAUUAUACACCAUUCUGCUGUGUCGGCAUUUUCUAAACUGUACAUUUCAUGCUUUUUUUUUUUUUUUUGCUUUGAGCUUUUGUUUAAUUAUUAUUAUAAAUAUGUAUACAAAUAUAUAUAUAUAUAUACAUACAUAUAUAUAUAUAUAAAGUAUAAAAUCCAUGUUACUUCUCGCCAAGAAUUUCCAAGUGUUUUGUCACAUAAAUUGUACAGACAAAAAAUGCUAAACUUUGUUACAUCCGUCAUCAGUUUGAAUAUGGGACAGAUAUCUGUUACUUUUACACUAUUUUUUAAGUAAAUUAUUAAAAAAAAAAAAAAGACUCUUCGACAUGAA